AUGCGCCUACCCCGUCUGUGGAUCCGCCAGUUGGUGAAACUGUUCGCGGGAAUAGCUCUUCUUUGCGGCGCGGUCCUUCUCGUGGACUUUCAGUUGAACUUCCUGCCCUCGUCAGUUCAUUCGCGCUUGCCCCUCCACACCCACUCUCCAAUUGUCACUGAUAUUAAAGUGGUUUCGUGUCUCCGCUUAGGAUCGUGUCUACCGGACGGUCAGGAUGGUUGGUACAAGCACCCUAAGGAAUUAAGUUUAGGCAAAGCUUGGUUUAGUAAAACCUACCUGUACACGCGUCGUUUCUGGGAUGAGGAUCUCUAUACAUCGACGCGGGUUGUUCUGGAUGUUGCGAUUUCCUCGGCUAACGGAGUAGUACCUCUCGAAGUGGUGGAAGAUAUUGGAGCAGGUGACACUGUGAGCUCGCACACUGAUGGAUCGACAAGCUCUCAAGCCGCUGAAAAGGCUAUCCGUGAAAUGGCCUUGAAGCUUGGCUGGGUAGAGCAGGAUCCUGAUGCGGGCCUUUGGGUGAAGUAUGGAAAAUAUCAUCCUUCCAAAUCUGUAUCUGCAGUCAAAGUUCUUUUUGGAGAUGAUGCAGUUUAUCCAUUGCCCGGAUGGCGAUUGGUUGAGGGAGGUCUCAAGAUCGGCUCCGCACCAUUUCCCCCGCGCCUUGCGCUACGUACUGGCCCGAAGCAGGUGCCGACAAAACCCAACUUGCAGAUUUUCAACCAACAGUUCAAGAUUUGUCAAUUAACAGAUCUUCAUAUGCGUGCCGGAACUCACCCUUGUCGGGACCCAGAGCCUCCGCUUAGAGACGGCGAAAAGUGUGAUGCAGAUGCUAAAACCCUAGGGUUUAUCAACGACGCUUUGGACCACGAGAAGCCUGAUCUGAUUGUAUACACGGGUGACAUGAUUCAUGGGUCUGCCAGCGGGGAUCCAGAAACUGCUUUACUCAAAGCGCUGUCGCCUGCUAUCGAGCGACAGAUCCCCUUCGCAGCGAUAUUUGGUAACCACGAUGGUGAGGUCCCAGGUAACAAUGCUGAGCUUAUGAAAAUAAUGCAGGAGCUACCGUUUUCUCUUGCUCAAGCUGGUUCUGACAAUGCCACUGGCGUGGGGAAUUAUAUGCUCACUGCGUCAGUCAACAAAAACCCGGCAUUGACCAUGUACUUCUUGGACACCCAUACCAGGAAAGAUAGAUUCGGAUAUGACUGUAUACACAAGUCGCAGUUGGAUUACAUGCGAGAACUCCAUCAAUCUAUAGCCCCUCAGCAGGCUGAGUAUGCUCAUAUUCCACUUGCUAUGGCAUUCAUUCACAUUCCCAUACCAGAGUACCGCAAUGUCAAUAACCCCAUGGUAGGCACGUACAGGGAGGCUGUAAUUGCUCCUUCUUGUGACGAAGGCUCUCGUGCGAUGCUCUCCGAUAUUGGGGUGUCAGUCGUGACCGCCGGUCAUGAUCACUGCAACGACCAAUGCAUUCUGGACAACUCUGUUGAAGGAAGUCCUCCAGUUUGGCUUUGCUAUGGUGGUGGAACUGGAUAUGGAGGUUACGGCAAAUAUCCUGAUAAAGACGGGUUAAACUAUCAACGACGCAUCAGAUUUUUCGACGUUGACACACAGGGAAGUACUAUCUCGUCCUACAAAGUCGUGCACAAUCACUAUCAAACCAUCGACAGACAGAUUCUUGUCAAGAAUGGAGUUGCCUACAACGAGUUAGACGUCUCCAUCAACUCUGAAGACUCCAGACAGCAUGACCAUCCGCCAGAGCCUGCUGCAUCCAGUGAUCGAUCUCAACAAAAAGCCGACACCUCUUCCGAGGGCACUGUUGAACCCGAUACAAUUGAAUCCGAAGAAACCACCAAAGUAGAGUAA